AUGGAUUAUGUACAUGCCCAAGGGAUUGUCCAUGGAGACCUGCACCUAGGCAAUAUUCUUCUCCAAGUUCCGCCCACUUUUGAUCAGAUAACACCCGAGCAAUUGUAUGGAAAUUAUGGAGCCCCGGAGCUUGACCCAGUGGUUCAUCUAGAUGGCAAUCCGCUUCCUCCUGGUGUCCCAUCCCACGGUAGUGCAUCCAUAUGGCUGGGGGAAGCAAGUGAGAAAAUCACACUUGCAGAAGCCAGGAUCUUGCUUUCAGACUUUGGUGAAGCCUUUUCGUAUUCAAAAGAACUGAGAUACGAAUCUCGCACCCCCCUGGUUAUCCGUCCACCCGAGGCUCGGUUUGAACCAAAUAAGCCUUUGUCUUUUUCAUCGGACAUCUGGACUCUCGCCUGUACCAUAUGGUCUAUCAUCGCUCAGCGGCCAUUGUUCGAAGGAUUUCUCGCGACGGAGGACGACAUAACCUGUGAGCAUGUCGAUACUCUUGGCGUUCUGCCACCUGAGUGGUGGAUGAAGUGGGAGGCUCGACGACAGAAAUUUUCCAAGGAUGGCAAGCCAAGGAACCGUAACCCUUUCCGAUCUUGGGACGAUCGAUUUGAGGAUAGUGUGCAACAGCCCAGGCGAGAUAGUGGGAUGCCGUUGUUUGACGCAAGGAAGAGGGACGCUAUCUUCGACAUGCUACGGCCGAUGCUCUCAUUCAGACCCGAGAAUCGUCCAACUACCCAGCAGAUCCUCGAGUCAGAAUGGAUGGUAAUAUGGGCUUUACCUGCAUAUCGCAAGAUCAACAAUGAUGUAUAG